UCUCACCGACAGGUGGGACCCAUAAGGAAGUAGCCAGCUGCCAGCCCACUGACAUGCGGGACUGGUCGCCACCGAAGCGCCUGUUUGGGCGUAUCGCGGAUUCGCGGUGAUCUGACCAAGGCCAGUCCGGCACCCGCCAGUCCGCCACUGUAUCCAUGGAUUCCAUGGGGCGGAGCUCCGUGCGGCUUCUCGUGGCCGUGGGGCUCCUGCUGCUACGGUUCAAUUGGUGCUUGGCGGUGGAUGGCGGAGGCGUGGCGGAAGUGGGCGGAGCGUUUCCGAUGGUGGUGAGCACCUGGCCGUUCCGGGAGGCGGUCAGGGCGGCGUGGGAGGUGGUCUCAGCCAGUGACGGAGGGGGUUCGGCCGUGGAUGCUGUCGUCGCUGGCUGCUCCGCCUGCGAGGUCCUCCGCUGCGAUGGCACAGUUGGUCCAGGUGGAAGCCCAGAUGAGAAUGGUGAAACUACAUUAGAUGCUCUUAUUAUGAAUGGGGCGACAAUGGAAAUUGGAGCUGUGGCUGCCAUGAGAUAUGUUAAGGAUGGAAUUAAGGCAGCAAAGUUGGUCAUGGACCACAGCUUGCAUACUCUGCUGGUUGGAGAGAAGGCAACAGACUUUGCAAUUUCAAUGGGCCUUCCAGGACCAAUUAAUCUCAGUUCUCCAGAGUCUCUUGAGAAAUGGGCAAACUGGAGACAGAACCACUGCCAACCUAACUUCUGGAAAAAUGUUGCUCCUGCUGGUAGCUGUGGCCCUUACCGUCCUAUCAAUUUAGCUCAAGCAUUGGACUCUGUAAAGCAUGAGGUAGAAGGAAGUCAAGGAGGCGUUUGCCAGGAUUGGUUCCAAAGUGAUAAUUUACUGGAGCCAAUAAACUCCCAUCUGAAGUUUAUUGAUCGCCACAACCAUGACACUAUCUCUAUGGCUGUGAUUGACAAGAUGGGUCACAUAGCUGUCGGGACAUCAACCAAUGGUGCUACAUUUAAAAUUCCAGGAAGGGUAGGUGAUGGACCAAUACCAGGAUCUUCUUCAUAUGGUGAUGAUGAGGUCGGAGCUUGUGGAGCAUCUGGCGAUGGUGAUAUUAUGAUGCGCUUCCUUCCAUGCUAUCAAGUAGUCGAGAGCAUGAGACGAGGGAUGGAACCCCAGGAUGCUGCAAGGGAUGCUAUAUCAAGAAUUGCCCGCAAAUACCCGGAUUUCGUUGGUGCUGUUUUUGCGGUCAACAGGAAAGGAGUCCAUGCUGGGGCAUGCCACGGAUGGACAUUCCAGUACUCCGUAAUGAAUUCCAGCAUGCAUGAUGUGGAGGUAAUUACAGUAUAUCCUUAGCAAUGGCAGUUCAUGGAAGACAAAGGUUUGCUUCAUCAGCAAGUAGGGUAUUUCAAUGGUGGUGAUGGACGUUAUUUUCUUCAUUAACGCUCACCGCUGAUGUAGCAAUGUCCUGUGUGGAUUGUUCCGACAAUUUUCUUAAGCCGAUUGUUCUUAAACUGGGACCUUAUUAUACGUAGUUGACCCUAGUCGUGUUUUAAAAGCUGUUAAAGGCUUCCAAACACCUCUCCCAUUGAAUAUGGCCUGUUUCAGAGUU